ACCUAAAAUCUGGCGAUGUAUCAUCGGAAUACAUCCGAGUGUUGUAUUAAAAAUGUACCAGACUCCAUAAAUUUAAAAAAUAUGAGUAUAAUUUAAAAUAUAUCGACACAAAUACAGUGACGAUAAUCACUCUAGUAUAAAUCAAAAUGUUGAAAUUAUCCUCAAAAGAAUUAUGGUUACUAUUAAUCCAACUGUGUACUCGACGUCGAGCGAUGGUGAACAAACUCUGGUGUCGGAAAAUAAGUCGAGCAUGGCUAGAAACAAAAUCACCACCGCCACAUCCAAGAUUGCUAACAGAAUCAAGAUUUAAACCACACGCAUCCUGGUGGUAUGUCUGCUACCGCUGGCUCAUGAGUCUUGCCUGGAUAUCGAUUGUCAUCUGUUCAAUAUGGGAAAUAGGAAGUCAAGAUCCAUCAGCAAGCAAAUAUGGGAGCCGAAAAUGGGGCGCUUAUUUAACAAACUGGCAUUUAACAUUUGGUGUUGUGCAAACGAUUGUUGGUGCGAUUCUUGUUACAAGACGUUGGGUGCACCAGAGGUAUCCUGAAUUCAAUCCUUACAAUAUUAAAUUUGAGAUGCUGGAGAAAACUUACUGGUUCCUAUUCACCACAUCAUCGGCACUGGCUAUUGGUGUUACAGUAGCAUACUGGGUCGCGAUCCAUGACCCAAAAAUUCACUACGUAGACAGUGUUAAUUUAAUGCAACAUGCUCUCAACAGCGUACUUGUUGUCAUAGAUUUAUUUAUCUGCGCAAUACCGAUACGGCUGCGUUGUUUUUGGUGGACUGUUGUUGUUAUUAUUAUUUAUUUAAUAUUUUCUAUUAUUUAUUAUGCUGCUGGUGGCGUUGAUAGGAAGGGCUAUCACUAUAUUUACAAAAUUCUUGAUUGGAAGAAACCUGGUAUCACAUUGUUGGUAUCGUUAGGAGGUAUUGGAUUUAUCAUUGUCGUUCACUGCCUACUUGCUGGUCUAACUUGUUGUUUAGACCGAUUCAAGUCGCAGAGUGAUAAAAGUAUUCAUGAGCCACCUUUGUCAUUAGAUAGUAAUGAACAGAGGACUAAAGUUAGAGAUGUUGAAAUUGUUUGAAAUUAUUUUCACGAUACCGGCAUCGGAACUUGAACUAUCAGUAUCUCUGCAGUCAGUCAAAAGAAGAUGAUUUCACUCCAAUGGUGAAUGAAUAUCAGCAAACGUGUAAAUUGCAAAUGCCUUCAGUCAGCGGGCAGAAACAAACUUGUUUCGACCCUUGGAAUCAAACAAAUAAUGUUUCUGCCCGCUGACUAAAGACUUUCGCAGUUUAAAAUCUGAUACUUGUCAUUUGUUUAAUAGUAAUUUUAGACCAUGAUAGUAUAUCAUAUACCUAGGGAGGGAAGUAGGACAUUUCAACCCGCGUGUAUAAUUUCCUACCUGAGCCGAAGACGAGGGUGUCAAACACGCGGAUUGGGAUGUCCUACUUUCCUCCGUGGUGAGUAUACAAUUUUUGACCAGAUUUAUACCUGAAAGUUUAAAUUCCUGCCCUGUUUAGAAGGAAGAAAGUCGUUUUUUUCUUUUAUGAGAAAACAAACGAUAAAAAUUUGCGCACACGCCAUUUUUCCUACAAACAGAGGCAAAAAUUUAAACUUUCAGGUGCAGGUCUGGUAAAAAAUUGUAGACAAAUCAUAAAGGAAAUAGGAUACUACUGCGUAAAUGUCCUACUUUCCUCCCUUGGUGUAUAAUAUACUAUUACGUAAAUCACAGUUCUGACUUAGUGAUUGAGUUUUAUAAAAAUUACUGUGAAUAAUAAAUAGUAUUUAGUUUCUGCUUAAUUAUAAAUUGCAAAUGACAAUUUACGCUUACGCUAAAAGUCGAUCACACGAUUGGUCUUAAAUGAACUUGUGUCUGACUGGCUGCUGACACCGAAACUUUAAGUUCCAAUGCAGGUAAUCAUGAAAAAUCUGGUGUGUAACUCAGGAUGAAAGACGGUUCCAGACUGCGGCUGUCAGCAAAUCGUUUUCAUCUCUUGUCACACAAUAUACUGUUGUUGAAUAAGUAGCUGAUUUUUUUUUUAACAAUAAUGUGCUCAUCUUUAGUAAUAGAUAUUAAUUUUAAUUAAUAACAUUCUCGGAAUCCUGAUUGGUGUAGUAAUCAUUGUAUGAUAUGUGGUAUCGAUUGUAUUUUUUAUAUAUCAAUUAUGCGCAUGUGGAUCUCAUAAUUAUCAUCAUUUAUAAUUCAUCAAUUAAUUGUAAUUAUUAUAAUUAUUAAAAAUCGUUAAUUAUUAUUAGUAUUUUAAAAUAAAUAAUUCCAAAUAUAUAUUAUUCCAAAGAAAGUAUUACUAUCUGCUAUGUAGGAUUUAAUUAGUAAACAAAUUGUUAUUCCAUUAAUUAAUUUUUAUAAAUAGAUAGAUAAUUAAUUGUAAUUUUUUUUUUAAAUAAAUGUACACUCAGUAGAAGUGAUUGCUUCUAAAUUGUGUUCGGAUGAUUGGGUAAAAUUUAAAAAAUUUUGUAAUUAUUAAUUUUAUUACUGUUUAUUAUAAAUAGCGACGACUUAUUUUUUAUGAGGAAAAAAAAUUUGACAAUUUAAUGGAUAGAUGCAUUUGAAUGUAUAGAUAAUAAUUAAAUUAAGUAAAUAAUUAAAGUAACACUUUUAUGAAAAAAUAUCCAACAAUUUGUUUUUUUAUUUAUUUAUUAAUAAAAAAUAACUUCUUA